UUUUCAUUGAAAACUUGAAACGGAGGCAAAAGCGCAAUCAAUUCAAAUCCAUCACUUUUCGAAGAAGAAGAUGGUGAGCAUAGUCAGUAGGUCUCGGUUAGAUGCGGUGGUCUCCAUGUUCGUUACGGUGCAUCCUCACGAGACCUCUGCUCUGGUCCACUCCUCCUCCUGCUUCUUCUUCAUUUUGAGCGCGUACUUCGUGGUUCUUCCCUUGCGCGACGAGGGCGCCAUAUCGCUGGGCUUAUCGAACCUUCCAGAUCUUUUCAUGGGGUCUUUGGCUCUCACUCUGAUCGCUGCCCCACUUUCAACUCUCGUUUUCUCAAUGCCUAACCUUUCUAAAGGCAAGGCUUUGGUUUUGAUACACAGGUUUUUCAGUGUAUCACUUGUUGUAUUUUUCUUUCUAUGGUAUUCCUCAUCAGUUGGUUUUUCACCAUCAACGUUGAAGAAUGCCAGCUCAGAAGUGAACCAAAGAGUUGAAGUUAACCAAGCCGAUCCUACACAGUCAGUGGGAUGGGAGAACCAUGGAUGGUUUUAUGUCUCUGUCAGAAUUGGAUUGUUUCUUUGGGUUGCUCUACUCAAUCUAAUUACGAUUUCUUCAACCUGGGCUAGAGUUAUUGAUGUCAUGGACAGUGAGUCAGGUUCAAGAUUAUUUGGGUUCAUUGGUGCUGGUGCCACGCUUGGCCAGCUCUUUGGGUCAUUGUUUGCCACAGGAAUGGCUUGGUUGGGGCCAUUCCUUCUAUUAUUUGCUGCUUUGUUAAUGGAAUUUGCUGCACAGUUAUCAAAAGGCAUUAACCUGGAUAUAUCCCAUCUCCCUGAAGAAUUAUCUCCCAUUAGAGAAACUGAAACUGAUCAGCAGAAUGAGCCUGAUGGACGGAACAUGAAAAAGCACAAUGGUUCUUCUCCCAAAACACGUACUUCGGAAGUGAAGCCUCAGCUUGGGACAAUCUUAGAUGGCUUCUGGCUUAUAUUGUCAUCAACCUACUUGUUGUUUGUGUCUCUGUUCCUGUGGCUGAGUGCGGUUGUAUCUUCCUUCUUUUACUUUCAGAAAUUGAGUGUAAUUGCUACAACCGUUUCUAGCUCUCUUGGAAGAAGAAAGUUGUUUGCUGAGAUCAACAGUUUUAUUGCUCUCUUUAUCCUUGCUGGACAACUUACCAUAACAGGUCGUAUUCUCACCGUUGCUGGGGUUACUAUAGCUAUCUGUGCUGCUCCAUUUGUUGCCUUUCUAAACAUGGUUACUAUUACUGUUUGGCCAAAUUGGAUAGCUAUUGCUGUCUGCGAGACCCUGCGGAAGGUUGUUACUUACGUUGUGACCAGACCAGGAAGAGAACUUCUGUUUACUGUUGUCUCACAGGAUGAGAAAUACAAAGCCAAGGUAUGCAUAGAUGUAGUUGUUCAAAGACUUGUAGGAAUGUACAAGCUACUUUUCAGCACUAUCAAUGGGAGAACAUCAACCGUCUCCCUCUAUGCCGUCCCUGUCUGUCUAUUGUGGAUAGUGACAGCAUUCCAUUUAGGACGCCGCCAAGCCCAACUAGUAAAGCUCAAGUCCGUUUCCCCUCCAUCAUGAGAUCUUCUGAUGCACAUUAGAUUACGUAUUCCUGAUUAAAAAUCAUGUUAUUGAGUUGAGAAGCUCUUAAUAAUACAACCAUUCUGUAGGUAAUCUGGAAAUGCAUAUAUUUAUUAUUGGGGGCAGAAAGAGCAGGUUGGUUUUCAAAACGGGAAAUGCCCUUGUCGUGGAGCUUGGUCAGGGCAAUUGGAUUCUACUUUGGCUUACCAAUGGCAGAAAUUGUAAAAUCUAAAAUCGCAUUGUUUUGUUAUUCCUUGUAAUCGCCAUUGUUCAUGUAUUUGGAAGAAAGUAGAGAAUGUGCCUUUAUAAACAAAGAAUCAUUUUAAUACGAAAGAAAUUUCUUAU